CGGAGGAGACGCAGGCGCAGAAAUACUACUCCAGGACAACCCGGAGGCCACGCGGCCUCCGCGGUAGGAGAAACUACAUUUCCCAGAAGUUUUCGCACUGCGGCUGCAGAGCCUAUUCGCUUUGGAAUAGCCGGCGUGGGGACGUCGCGACCGGCGGCUGAACAUGGCUUUCUUGGUCGGAUCCGUAGGUCGCCAGUUGGGUCGCGUCAGGUGGCUGCAGCCCCGCGCCUGGCUGGGGCUCCCCGAUGCCUGGGGACUUCUCGCCACACAGCAGAACCGAGGAAAGGCGCGUGGAAAUGAGUAUCAGCCGAGCAACAUCAAACGCAAACACAAACACGGGUGGAUCCGGCGCCUGAGCACACCGGCCGGCGUCCAGGUCAUCCUUCGCCGCAUGCACAAAGGCCGCAAGUCGCUGAGCCAUUGAGGAGCGCUAAACUGCCGGCAGGACCCCCAUUAGAGCGUUUCUCUGACCUGGGACCUCUCCUGCUAUUCGUUUUAUGCGGAGCCGGGACAACUCAGACAUAAACCCUCCUCAAAUUGUGGAGUCGGCCCCCGGAGUGGGGGGAAGUCUGCGGUUGGACUGAGAGUGGGAGUAGGAAGUCAGACCUCGCCUAGUCCCUUUCUACGCUAUUGAAUUAGGAAGAAUUUCGAACAUACAAUAGUCCACAGUGAACCCUGUGUACUCGGUACACAGCUUUAACCACCAAUUACCCACAACUCACCUGACCCCUCCUGUGUUAUUUAGGAGCAAAUCUAGGGCAUUGGGUUAUUUCUUAUUUCAGAAUGCAUCUCUCCAAGAAAAGGGCUCUUUAAAACCUAAUCACAGAACUUUUCACACCUAAAAAGUGGUUAACAAUUCCAUAGUAUUGUCUAAUAAAUGUCCAAAUUUA